AUAAUCAUAAAAAAUAUUCUUUCAAUCAUCAUUUUUUUUAUAAAAAAAAGUUCUUUCAAGGUUUCAAUUUCAACCCAAAGAACGGAAAGGAAAACCCAGAAAGAAAAUGGCAAUGGUGACUGUAUCCAGUUUAGUUUCAUUGCAAAAGAGUCAUGGAUUCCAUGUAAUUUGCAGAAGGGGAGAAAAGGGAAGAGAAAAUCACAGUAGUUACCCCUACAAAGUCGUCGAAAUUACACCCCCGCCCAAGUCCCUUGGCGUUCGUUCCUUCCCUCCCAAUUUGCAGUGCGGGGAGUGCGUGACAAUCGAAGGCCAAACAUAUAUGAUCUCAGCCGUAACACACCGGUACCAGCUUCGUAAAGGAAAGCAUGAACCAAGCGAGAAGCGGCUCGAUGUUCUGUCGACAGGGAGAUACACCUUAAACUUAUAUCUCGAAAACUUGCUAGAACAGUCUUGAUGCGUAGUUUUCUUAUUGUUAACGUUCAACUAAUGUAUGAAUCCUGUAGUUGGAUAAUGAUUGGUUAUGAAAUUAUUCUCUCAU